CCAAGAGAGAGAAAGAGAGGGGGAAAGAAGAACGCAUUCACAUUUCACUAUUUUUAUAGACAAAUAUAGAAAAAGAGGUUGAAUUGUCUGUUUUCGCCUUAAUAUCCGAGAGAGGGUGGUGUAUGUAUACGUGAUGGUUUCUCUUCGGUGGCUUGUCUCGGUGUUCGUGUCGUUUCUUCGCGUGUCUCGAUCUACAAGCCGUCCUCUCAUCCUCUCUCUUGAUUUUGUCCAGCGUGGACGCGUCUUUCUUUCUCUCUCUCUUUCUCCGCUGUUAUGAAGUUCGGCGGUGAUUGCUUCUCUUCUCUUUCUCCUCCUGUCCUUCCACUCUUGUGGAAUUUUCCUGAUCAAGUGAUUUGCGGUGAAUCUGGAGGCAAUUUGAGGUCAAAACGAGAUUUGGAUUGUAAUUUGAAUGGGGAAUGGUGAUGACAGCAAGUUCGCUUUUCCUUUAACCAGCCUUCAAAUCGGCGACUUGCAGUCUUACCAUUCCAAUCUUACACUUUUUCUGGCCCCUGAAAGUUGCAAACUAUAUAUCUUGGUGGACAACCGGCCAUGGUUGAGUGAGCUUGGUUCUCGGCCUGCACACUUAUGGCAAUUGAUGGUUACCAAGUCCAGGUUGUCUCCUUUUGCAAACACCAAGGCGCGGAGGGAGAAAAAAGAGGGAAAGAAAACUUGCUCACCAUCCACUACCACCAAAUCAAAGAAGUUUGGCCAAUGGUUCUCAUUAAUUGAUGCGGCCAACUUAUCCCAGGAAAGGGUAUUGUUAACUGCCAAAAAAUUACAGAAUUCAGUUUUGUGCAACGAGUUGCAUAGGACUUUGUAUGGUUUUAUUGUCUUUGAGGUUACAUGGAGCAAUGUUCGAGGCAUAAACUACUUGAAUGAACUUCAGAGUGAUACAUCUCUUGCUAUUGAGACAAAGUUUAUGCAAAGAUGGGAAUUUGAUAGCAUAUCUCAAGCUGCUAGCUGCAUUUCUUCAUGGUUUUCAGGAACGUGCUCUGAGCAGCUCCAGCUGAAAGAAUAUCUUGAUUCUGCCAUAGGAGAGGUCUUUCAUGAUGCUGAAGAAGAUUUUUUAAGGACCAUCCAUACUGAUGGUGAUGAUGAUGAAAAUAUUUCCAGUAAUAGCCUGUGGGUUGGGAAUGAUUCAGCGCAUUUCGUUGGUAGCUGUUUUAGUACGUACCCUGCAACCUUGGAAGAUGAAGACUGUCUGCUGCAUACGCCUCCUCCUACUGGGCCUUAUAAGAGGAGGAGAGUGACUAGGUCCACUACUUCUGGAGCUGAAGUUGAUUUUUACGCUGAGGAAAUGCAAAGCGAAAUGGAAGGCCCAUUUGACAGUUCUGAUACCUUUUGCAUUGAUUAUAAACACAUAGUGGGUCCUACUCAAUAUAGGGAUGUCUUGAUUUUGUUUAGGUUCAAUGAUCGUGACCUCCCAUUCAUGUUGAAGCAAAUGGUAAUGUCUGAUCUGCGAUUGCUUACUUUGUUAGAAGCUGGACUUCCAUCUUGGGUUGUCUUUCUCCAGUCAUAUCCUGGGUUUUGCCAUCUCUAUCGACCUUGGAUGUGCCCUCUAGCAAGAGCUCUAUAUGUGCUGAUCUCGAUCGUCACUGUCCUAAUAGGAUUCUACGACCUGUACAAAAAUGUUCCUGUUCUUAAGGCUACUGCUUCUCGUUUAUUUGGGCCACUUUUUGAUUGGAUUGAGACAUGGGAGAUGGUUUCAAGGAUCAAAUACUUGGGAACAAUGUUAUUUCUGCAUAAUUUUGAGAAGGCUGUCACGUGGAUUUUAACUUUCACACGCACCACUCGAUCAUUUUUUUCAGUUCUAACCCAACCACUGGCGGGACCACUCAUGGAGUUUUUAGGCUUCCUUCUUCCUUUUUGGGACGUGUUUGUUGAAACAACGUCUAGCUUCUCUUCCAUGGUUUGGAUUCUUAUUGGGUCUUCUUGCAAUGUGGUGGGGGAUUUAGUUGAGAUGAUACUGUGGCCCAUAUGGUUUGCCGUCUCUGUUGGCUGGAAUAUUGCAACUUCCAUAGUAUAUCCUAUAUUUUACAUCCUUUGGGAAGUGCUAUAUGCUCCGAUACGCAUCAUCCUUGCCGCUGCCAGUCUUGUGUCAUUUCUUACUGCAUCCAUAUCUGAGGUGGUUGGAGAUAUUUGGCAGUCCACUAGUAGUAUAUUCCAGUUCGCUUCGAAUUCCGGAGCAACUGUUAGCAAAUACGAAGUUUCCAUGUGGCGAUCACUUUGGAAUGAUCUUUUUUCCCAGGUAUUUCGUGCAACCAGAAGUAUAUUGAAUGGUUUUGUUGCCUUCUUUGCUGCGUGCAAUCGGCACCGGCUUAGCAUUUAUAAUCAUUUACAGGAGUUUGUUCAAAGACUAGAAGGCCGAAUGCAAAUAUCACAUACCUCUGAUUCUAGACAUAGUAGACCAGCGCAUGGAACUCAGACCAUGUUUGAAGUGAGAAGGAAAGUACAUUUUAGCUAAUGUGCUACCAUUUCUUUAAGCCUGACAGAAACAAGAGGAUAUCAAUAUUUAGGAGAGCCUGUUUAUAAACAUGAGACACCUGGUGGAACUGGCAUCUUUGUCCUGCUUUAGAAAUCAAGGCUUUUUACGGAGUACAGCAGUAACAGCUUCAUUAUUUUAUUCUUUCCACUAAUUUUUUAGAUUUAAGGCUAACAAAUUGAUAGUUUAUAGAGGGACAAUGCUAGACACCCCCAAAAUAUCACCCCCAAAAGUCCCCCAAAUCUAUGUGGUAUUAAAAUAACUAUUGAUUAAAAAUACACAUGUAGGACUCACUCCACAUCCAACACUCCACAUUAAAUGGGGGUAUUUUGGGGGUCACUUUUUGGGGGUCUCAAGCAUCAUCCUUUAUAGAGGAUGUAAAUAAUAUGUAUAGGGCAGCUUGUACAUCUUUAAUCAGAAAAAGAAAAUGUUUUGGGAUCCCAUCAGCCUUGUCUCAUUAUUGGUUGUAACAUUAUAUAAUGCAAAUGCUGAUGUGAGAACUUUUCAAUUUUGGACACUGCAUUCGAAAAUUCACUUUCCUAGUGCA